AUGGCAAGAGAGAAUACCAAUGACUUCCUUUUGGAAGCACUGGAGGACCUUACGCUGGAUAUGUUUGAGAAGUUUAAGUAUAAAUUAUCAUAUAUUGAUUAUGAUGAGAUGGCCAAUAUCUCCAAGUACUUGCUCAAGAAAGCCAACGAUCCAGUUAAACUUGCAGACUACAUCUGUGACCACUAUGGAGCCGACCUUGCUGUGGAUGUAGCUAUCUAUGUGCUUGAACGGAUCAACCAAAGAGACACUGCAGCUAAACUCAAACAGGAGAAAGCAAAAGGUAAAGGAACUUCAGUUACUGAUUACAAGAUGAAGUACAGAGAACAUGUACAAAAGAAUUACCACUGGAUAAAAGACAUGAACGCUUGUAUUGGUGAGACGGUGGCUCUGAACUCCAGAUAUACAAGGCUGGUUCUUGUUAGUGGACAUCACCAUGAAAAAAAGAAAGAACAUGAAAUCACGGCUGUGGGACGGAGACAUGCAGAAAUCAUGCAGGAACAAAUGAAUUCUUCCAUUUCUAUAAGUGAUCUGUUUAAACCUGACAGGGAUAGACAGGCACCAAAGACUGUCGUGAUACUGGGAGCUGCAGGAAUUGGGAAGACAAUGACAGUAAGAAAGAUUUUGCUGGACUGGGCAUCAGAAAGACUCUAUAGACAGUUUGACUAUGUUUUCUACAUACAUUUUUGGGAGGGUAAUCUUCUUAAAGCUGAGGGAAGUUUGACUGACAUGAUCACCAAAUGCUGUCCCAGUGAUAAUCCACCUGGAGAUCUUGAGGAGACCAGAAAAAACUUCCUGCUUGUCAUCGAUGGCUUUGAUAAACUGAGGUUUUCUUUGGACAGGCCACAGAAUGACCUGUGCUCUGAUCCCUGGGAGGUAAAGCCAGUGGAAAUCAUCCUGAGCAGUUUAUUUAGGAAAAUCCUUCUCCCUGAAUGCUCCCUGUUGAUCUUAACAAGACCAGCUGCCCUGCAGAAGCUGCAACAGUGCUUGGUGUGUGAACGCUCUGCUGAGAUACUGGGAUUUUCAGAAGUUGAUAAGGAGGAAUAUUUCCACAAGUUUUUUGAAAAUAAGGAAGAGGGAAGGAAGGCCUUUCAGUUCGUUAAAGGAAAUGAAAUGGUCUUCACCAUGUGCCUUGUCCCCAUCAUGUGCUGGAUUGUCUGUACUGUUAUAAAACAACAGCUUGAAAGUGGUGAAGAUCUUGCACAAACUGCCAAGACAAUUACAGAAAUAUAUCUCCUUUAUGUUUCUAUCUUACUAAAAUCUCUGAGCAGUAAGUUGAAACAGAACUUGCACAUUAUCCUCAAAAGACUUUGUUGCCUGCCUGCUGAUGGGAUCUGGCAGCAGAGAGUCCUCUUUGUGGAGGAGGCAAUCAAGGAAUUCUUGUUAAAUCAGACAGACACUCUCCCACUUUUUUUGAAUGAGAGCACUCUUCAGAAGGGCAUUGCUUGUGGAAGCGCCUACAGUUUCAUUCAUCUGAGUGUCCAAGAGUUUUUUGCAUCUCUGUUCUAUGUAAUUAAAGAUGAUGGCGAAACAAGAGAUAAGCAAGAAGAUCCUAAGAGGGAUGUGAAAAAAUUGUUAGAAAACUAUGCAAACUCAAGACAUGAUUUCAUGUUAACUGUGUGGUUCUUAUCUGGGCUCUUAAAUAAGGAACGAAGAAAUGCUUUGGAAAAAGAAACAGGGUGCAAAAUGUCUCCUGAAAUUAAGGAAGAGUUAUUAAUGUGGCUUCAAACUAGCCAAAAAUCAGCCUUAGCUGUUAAUGCAGAAAAAAGAGCAAUGAUUCAUGAUUUGGAGGCUUGCCACUCUUUGUAUGAAACCCAAGAUGAAAGUUUUGUGAAAACUGUGUUGGGUUAUUUCAUCGGACUAUAUCUACGAGACAUCAAUUUCACACAAUUAGAUCAAACAGUUCUUUCAUUCUGUAUAAAAAAGUGGCCUAAACUGGAGUCACUUGUCGUGGGCUAUUGCUCCUUUAUCUCAGAAGAUCAUGAAGAGCGUUCAGACCAACAGCCAGCAAAGCUGUUGCAUCUCAAGCAAAUAAAAGCCGGCAACCCCGUAAACUUUGUGCACGAAGACCCGAACGAAGACUCAGGAGUGAAUAAGUAUAGGCCGGUGAUCCGUUCGGUUGGGGUUGGGUAUCCUGGAGUGUGCCUGUGUGAGACGUCCACUUGA